AUGUCUUUAAAACGCUCAUUAUCUAAUUUACCUGAUUUUUAUUUUAAAUUAAACACCAAGCAAAAAAGAAAUUAUCGAAAAAACACCAGAAAAAUUGAACGAAAUGAAGAAUAUAAAGAACAACAUCCACCAUUUCAUGCAUCAUCCAACAUCGACGUUAUUCACAUUCAUUAUCAAUCAACAAUUACUAUGAUCGAUGAAUUAAUUAUUAAAGCAAAACAAACGAAACGAUAUGUCGUCGACACAGAAUCAGAAAGGAACAAACACGAAAAACAAGGUGCACUAAUUCAAAUACAAUUUAUUCAUUCAAUCCAUCAUUCAACAAUAAUAUUAAUUGAAACUAAUUAUCUACCAAAUUCACAAUCAAUAUUAUUUAAAAAAAUAAAAGAAUUAUGUGCAAUUAUAUUUAGUAACAACAACGAAAUUAUAUCAUGGGGACCAAUUAAUGAUGAAUUUAAACAUUUUAAUCAUCUCGACCUCAUCCAUAUAGGUAAGAUUGUUGAUACUAAUUUACAAUUUUUAUUUAGUGAUCAAUACAACAAUCCGAAUGCGCAUCCCGAAAGGGAAAGGCGUGAUGAUUUACAAAUGUAUGAUACCCAUGAUGAUAAUGAAAUAACAGAUGAUGAUUAUGAUGAUAAAUAUCAAGUUCAAAAUAACUCAAGUCAGCCAAUAUCGUUACAAAAAGCUAUUGCAACAACAUUUAGCAAAUUUAUUGAUAAAUCAUUGACUGUUAAUUAUUGGCAAUGUGGUCUCGAUUUAAAUUUAAAUACUUGGAAAAAUAAAUUAUUCAGUCGUUAUGAAUAUAAUCAACAAAUAGAACAACAACAACGAACAGCAAUGAAACAAUAUGCAAUUAAUGACUGUACGGCAGUGGCCGAAUUAUUCUUCCAUAUGUAUCCAUUGAAGGCCAAUGAUUUUCAAAUACAAUCAACACCAUCAUUAGCAUCAACACAAACAACAACAAUAUUAACACCACCAGCAACAACAUCAACGAAUAUUUCAUUUAAUUUGGACGAUGAUUUAUCAAAUAUAAGUGAAGAUGAUUUAAUAGAAUUAUUAAAACCAAAAUUUAAUCAAAAAGAAGAAAUUUUCCAUCAACCACAUCAUCAAUCAAACGAAUUAAUAAUAACAACAACAGCACGUGAAAUUUAUGAAUAUAAUCAACAAUUAGAACAACAACCAUUACCUACAUCAUCAUCAACAACAAGAUUAUCAAAAUCCGAAAAACAAAGACAGAAAAAUAUGAAACUCAAAUGGAAACAAAAAUAUCAUCCCAAUUUUCAACACAAAAUUAAAAGACCAAUUUAUUACAAAUAUGAUUAUCGAAAAAUACGGGCCCAAUUAUGUGAUGAUAACAUAUAUACAAGCCAUCAAAUUGCAAUAAAUCGAAAAUAUAGUGAAGUUGUUAUUGGUUUAAAAUCUCAACAAGAAUUAGAACGUGCAACAAAAAUUAUGAAAAUUAAUUAUUUUUCAAAAAAUCAAUAUAUCGAACGAUGGGGGUCAAAUGAUAAAUGGCAUUUAUGUAUUGAAUUAAUUGAACAUUUAUCGAAAAAGAUCAUUAGUUAUAUACAUGCAAAAUCAAUACCUUCUUCAAGAUUAUUUAUGAAAUUUCUUACUGGUUUAGUUUAUCGUUCAUCAACUUCAACAUCCUAUUUACUUGAUUGGAAAAAUAAAACCAUCGCUGAACUUACAAUAUUAAAUUCAAAUUCAUCAACAACAAAUGUUAUUUAUAGUCAAAUACAAAUAGUUUUAUUUAAACAACAUAUUAAUUCAUUACUUAUAUAUGACAAUAAUACAUUAUUAAUUAUUGAUAGUCGUACGGGUGAUUUAAUAAAUUAA